CGGCUGCCCGCGCGGAGGCUCGCCCGCCGCCCUUCCUGCCCUCGGCUGUGGGACGCGCGCGGUGGGGACGCGGCUUGGCGGGAAUUGGAGAAGGGCGUGUGGAGUCUCGAGUCCCGGCGACGGCGGACACCGAGGUCCUGUGCACCUCACGCCGAGGAGGGCUGGAAGUGGCGGGGCCCGGCGAGGUGGCCAUGAAGCCCGGCGUCGAGGACCCGGCGGCGCCCGCGGGGGGCCCCUGGGAAGAGUGCUUCGAGGCGGCCGUGCAGCUGGCGCUGCGAGCCGGACAGAUCAUUAGAAAAGCCCUCACUGAGGAAAAACAUGUCUCAACAAAAACAUCGGCUGCAGAUCUUGUGACAGAAACAGAUCACCUCGUGGAAGAUUUGAUUAUUUCUGAGUUGCGAAAGCGGUUCCCCUCACACAGGUUCAUUGCAGAAGAGUCCACAGCCUCUGGGACAAAGUGUGUGCUCACGCCCAGCCCGACCUGGAUCAUUGACCCCAUCGACGGCACCUGCAACUUUGUGCACAGAUUCCCCACUGUAGCAGUUAGCAUUGGAUUCGCCGUUCACCAAGAGCUGGAAUUUGGAGUGAUUCACCACUGCACAGAGGAGCGGCUGUACACAGGCCGGAGAGGCCAGGGUGCCUUCUGCAAUGGCCAGCGCCUCCAUGUCUCCGGGGAGACAGAUCUCUCCAAGGCCUUGGUCCUGACGGAAAUCGGGGCCAAACGCGAUCCCACCACACUGUCACUGUUCUUGAGCAACAUGGAGCGUCUGCUUCAUGCCAAGGCGCACGGAGUCCGAGUGAUUGGCAGCUCCACCUUGGCACUCUGCCACCUGGCCUCUGGGGCUGCUGAUGCCUAUUACCAGUUUGGCCUGCACUGCUGGGACCUGGCAGCUGCCACAGUCAUCAUCAGAGAGGCAGGAGGCAUCGUGAUGGACACCUCAGGCGGACCCUUCGACCUCAUGUCCUGCAGAGUGGUUGCCGCCGGCACCCGAGAGAUGGCGAUGCUCAUAGCUCAGGCCUUACAGACUAUUAACUACGGGCGGGAUGACGAGAAGUGAGCUACGCAGAGAGCAAGGAGCACCCAAGGGCUUUCCGGGGAGGCCGCAGGUGGCAGCACUUCCUGGAAGGGAACCGUCCCAGUGGCCGGCGUGCUGGGUCAGGCGUUUCACUCCUGCUCUGGGGCGAGUGUCUCGCUACUGCUCCCAGACUGACCAUGUCUCACUAUGCUAAAGGGAGGGGUUGUGCUAAAGUCUGUGGCUCACCUUUUGAAUCACAUUUCUUUCCCUGGGACCUGGUGCUUAGCGGCUUCUCUAGUCUCUUCAGGCCUUUUGCAAGUUAGUACAUGUUCUGUCAGGGCCAAACACAAAUCUCCUCCAAGAGAUUAGUUAUCCGAUCUUGAUUGCCUCCCAUCCUCCCCUCCCCCCAAUGCAAAUCUCAGGUAUUAAGGCUUUAGAACUGCUGGUAAAGCAGACUUGUUCUCAGGCCUUCCCUGCUGCGGUACUACCGAACGCAAUAAACGAGGAAGUCAGCACUUGCCUACCACUGGCUCCAGGAGUGCUGCUUUCCCAGACCCCUCACCUCCACAAGGCGCUUCCUCCUGGAGAGGCUUGCACAUCAGAGCGUGACAUUGCAGCGUGCACUGUUUGUCUGCCACUGUGGGCAAGCACUCUAACAGUGGCCAUGGGAAUUAUCGUGCUAAUAUUCAAACUCCACGGCCCUCAAUGGUGGCUCACACCUGCAGUCCUAGCUAUUCAGGAGGAUCAUGGUUAAAAGCCAGCCAUGGCAGGAAAGUCUAGUCCUGGACACUCUUAUCUUCAGUUAACUACUGGAAAACCGGAAGCGGCGCUGUGGCUAAAGUGAUAGAGCACCAGCCUUGAGGAGAAGAGCUCGGGGACAGAGCCUAGGCCCUGAGUUCAAGCCCCACUAUCAACAAACAGAAAACUUAAACUCCAAAGUAUCUUAUAGAACAGGCCACAGAAAAACCAAUAGUUCCACAUCACAUCUCGGAAAUGCCAAUCACUUUGACGAAGAGCAAUUGUAACAUAUCUUCUGGACCUUGAUUUGUGUCUCUUAAGGAAAGGGAGUUAAUUAAAUGAGUAAUUAGAAGAAGGCAAUUGACUAAUGAGCGGGUUCCUUUUCUGAAUUUUAAACAUAAGAAAGUCACUCUUCUCACAGGACUCUGGUUGAGUCCUCCAGGCUGACCACUUUUCUUGUUUAUUAAGAGCCUGUCAGCAGAACUCCCAGUCCUUGUUUCAAAUACUAGCUGUUAGCCAAUCAUGAGAGACUUUGAGCCCUGGGUCUGACCAAUCCAGGUAAAGGGGCAGGGCCUGCUGUGUUGGGGAUAGAAGAGGAGCAGCAGCCCACUCUGUGCUUGCUUGCUGGAUUUCAGCUGAUGGUACGCCCUUCUGUGGAAGUAAAUUUGCCUUGCCAAGUU